AUGCAGCAACUUGUUGGCGAGCGCAAAUUUGAGGCUUCCAUUCUCCGUCAACUUUUCCUUCAGCGCCUCCCACUCGACGUUCAGACAGGUUUGGCCGUCUCUCAGGGGAGCAUCGAAGAAUUGGUAGAGCUUGCCGACAAGGUCAUGGCAUUGACAGUACCCGAAACUUCUGUCGUCAGUCACGCCGCCAGUCCCAUUUCCCAGGAAUAUGAUCAGCGCAUUGAUCGACUCGAGCAGUUGGUCAUGCAACUGACACACCAACUCAGUGCCAUUACCGCAGGUGGUCCGCGGCGAUCGCGAAAUCGAAGGAGAAGUUCCUCACGUUCCCGUAGCCGCCGCCAGCAGUCUUCCAGCGGCGUGUGCUGGUAUCACCAGCAAUUUGCAGAAGCUGCACGACGUUGUCUGCCGCCUUGUUCAUUUAAGACACCUCGCACAGCCUCGGGAAACGACCCCGCCCGGCAGUAGAGGCGAGUGCUGCCGGGAGCGCUGUCAAUGUUCAAACUCGCCGUUUGUUUCUCUGGGACCGUAUCGCUGGCACCAAAUUCGUCGUCGAUUCUGGUGCCGAGGUUAGCGUGGUUCCACCAACUCUGACCGAACGCACAAACCGCAGCUCUUUUUGUCUAGCAGCUGCCAACAACUCCAGCACCCCCACCUUUGGACAGCGCUCCAACACACUCGACUUGGGCCUUCGUCAGAUUUUUCGAUGGGUUUUCAUAAUUGCCGACGUCUCCGUCCGCCUCAUAGGGCUGAUUUCCUGACUCACUUCAAUCUGCUAGUCGACUUGAAGAACCACCGUCUCGUCGACAACCUCACUAACCUUCGCGCCCGUUGUCAGUCCGAAAUUAACCCGCACCUCAACUCUCUUACUAUUAUGCCCAUCUCCCACUGUCCUUUCCGCUCACUCCUCAGGCAGUUUCCCCUCCUGACCAACCCCUCAUUUCGAGAAGUGGACAUCAAACACACCGUCAACCACCACAUUUCCACCACUGGACCUCCCAAAUCUUGCCGACCACGUCGUCUUGCUCUGGACCGUUUGAGGGUUGCCAAGGCAGAGUUCGAACACAUGCCUGAGCUCGGCAUCAUCCAACCGUCCGACAAUUGUCGGACAUCACCUCUCUAUCUUGUCCCAAAGAAGAGCGGCGAUUGGCGACCGUGUGGUGACUAUCGUGCGCUGAACUCGGUGACUAUACCUGAUCAGUAUCCUGUCCCGCACAUCCAGGAUUUCACACUCUCGCUCCAUGGUAAGCGUGUAUUCUCUAAGCUUGAUCUUGUUCGCGCUUAUCAUCAGAUUCCAAUCGAGGCCAGUGACGUACCGAAAACGGCAGCUACCACUCCCUUUGGGUUAUUCGAAUUCACUCGUAUGUCCUUUGGUCUGAGUAAUGCCACUCAAAUUUUUCAACGGUUCAUUGAUCAAGUGUUGCGCGGUCUCGACUUCGUCUACGCUUACAUUGACGAUUUAUUGGUGGCGAGUUCUGACCCCACAGAGCAUGAAGCUCAUCUCCGACAACUGUUAGAACGACUCGAAUCCUACGGCAUUAUCAUCAAUGCCGCCAAAUGUGAGUUCGGCGUCCCCAGUUUAACUUUCUUGGGUCAUAUGGUAGAUUCUGAGGGAAUCAAGCCUGUCCCUGAUAAAGUUUCGGCCGUAUCAGGUUUCCCAGUCCCGAAAACCAUCAAUCAACUGCGCCGUUUCUUGGGGAUGGUGAACUUCUACCACCGUUUUCUCCCUCACGCUACCGCCAUUCUGCAACCUCUCAACAACCUGCUGACCAAGUUCAAAAUAGCGUUGUUGAUGACAGAUGAGGCCGUCAUAUACUUCAAUGAGGUCAAAAACGCUCUUGCUCAUGCAACUCUACUUGCUCACCCUCGCCCAGAUGCCCCCUAACUCUCAUGACCGAUGCGUCCAGCACUGCCGUUGGCGCAUCCAUCCAUCAAACUGUAAAUGGUGUCCUACAACCCCUGGCUUUCUUCUCAAAGAAGCGCAGCCCAGCAGAGACCCGCUGCAGUGUUUUCGGACGAGGACUCCUCGCCGUCUAUCUGGCAAUUCGGCAUUUUCGACUUUUUCUCGAUGGUCGCGAAUUCGUCAUACUUACAGACCACAAGCCUCUCGUUGGUGCUCUAAGGGCUUCGCCCGAUCGAUACUCACCCCGUGAGAUUCGUCAUCUCGACUUCAUCUCACAGUUUUCCUGCGACAUUCAACAUGUCCACGGUAAGGAGAACGUGGUUGCUGAUGCUCUUUCCAGAAUUCAGGUGAACUCCGUCACGUCACCUGCCAUCGAUUUCACGCUCAUGGCUGACGCUCAACGCACCAAUGACGACCUCUCUCGCUAUCGCCAUACGGACUAUUCUCUUAUUCUCCGAGAUGUCCCUCUUCUCACUCAAGCUGGCACCACCACUUGUGACAUUUCUACUGGCCACGACCGUCCCUUUGUCCCAGCCGCUAUGCGCCGACAAGUAAUCGAUACCCUUCACGGCCUAUCCCACCCUGGAGUCCGGGCAACAGUGAAAUUUAUCACUGACCGAUUCGUCUGGCCCCACAUCAAUCGGGAUGUUCGGCGUUGGGUCCGGUCUUGUUUACCCUGUCAGCGUGCCAAAAUUCAUCGUCAUACUGUUACCUCGUCAGGUACAUUCACCACUCCUGAUGCCCGUUUCAGCCACGUCCACAUUGACUUGGUAGGACCUCUCCCACAAUCCAACGGUUCUACCUAUCUUAUGACUUGCAUUGACCGUUUCACUCGGUGACCGGUUGCCGUACCCAUCCCGGAUACCUGUGCUGAAACCGUGGCAAAAGCUUUCCUGUCGCACUGGGUGUCUAAUUUUGGAGUUCCUGCCACCGUCACUACUGACCGUGGAUCCCAAUUCUAGCCCACGUUGUCUCGCGAACUCACUUCUCUCCUCGACACUGAACGACUUCAAACGACAGCAUACCAUCCUCAAGCAAGUGGCCUCGUCAAACGUUUCCAUCGACAGCUCAAAACUGCCCUUAUGGCUCAGUUCGAUCCUUCUCGAUGGACGGAUAAUCUUCCCUUGGUGAUGUUGUCUCUUCGUUCCACCAUCAAAGCCAACAUCGGUUGUACAGCAGCUGACCUUGUUUAUGGAACUUCAUUACGCCUUCCCGGUGAGUUGGUAUCUCCUUCAGAAAAGCUAACGUCUUUCGAGCCUUGCAGUUUUGUGGACCGACUACGUACUGCCAUGCGCACUCUCCGCGCACCGCCCACUCGCUUUUCACCAACUCGUUCCUUCAUUCCUCCCAACCUGGACACGUGCGACUUCGUCCUGGUCCGGCAGGACGCAGUCCAUCGACCAUUGCAACCACCAUAUGACGGGCCUUACAAAGUCCUUCGACGGUCUGACAAGCAUUUUGUCAUCGAGCGCAACGGAAAGACGGACACUGUCAGCAUUGAUCAUGUCAAACCUGCAUUCCUCGACGACUGUCAAUCGACCUUACCCCAGCCGUCUUCUCCGUCACAGGCGUUGACGCUCACGGCGCCGUCUGACGCCAUCCCCUCACCGAUGUGCCGAACCCGAUCCGGUCGUCAUGUCCGCUGGCCCGACAGAUUCGUGGCUGGCUAGCAUAUCGACCCCUACACUUCGUUUGGUGUCUGGGGGGAGUUGUAGCAGCCUGUUCUCUGUCCCCUCGUUCUACUGUUUACUCGUCACGACUGCGCUCGCCAACCCUCGAUUUGCACUCCCGUCCACACCACACUCCUGGUCGAUAAUUUGCCACUUCGCGUGGGCUCGGAGCCAACCAACGCAACUUUCUAUCGCUGAUUGGUUACAAGUGCACACACACGGGACGCCGCCAUUGCGGACGUGAUUUUGAACAGACAGGACAGAGGCAAGAAGCACACAACACCUUUUUGGUGGUAGCGACACACUGAAGGCUCCGCAACUGACGCUCUCCAGAACGAACGCUUAUCUCUGACACAAGUAUACAGCCAACUUACGGCGACCUGCCCUGUGUACAGAAUAAACUCGUUCUCACAACGUUCUGGCUUCUCCCAUUAGACGGAGCAAAAUUAUUGUAUGUGGUUAUGUUGAUCUCACUUCCUUGAUCACCACAAUCUCAAGGUUUUUCCUAUAGAUGCUCCUCCUGGCGUUGCCGUCAGCCCCUUUGCUUGGAAAAGUUUAUGGGAAUAUGAGUGAACCUACUGUUUUCACCCCCGCCGUAAAGUUAGUUUACGUUUGUGCCUGAUUUGCAGCAUCUGUGAGGGCAUCUGUGUUGAUUUCUACAGUGACGAUUGGGAGGAAAUCAUCUUGGUUUCAAAUGCAAUAUCUUCGCCUUUUUUCUGGUCGUGUUCUGAAAUUCCUCCUACUUGCCCAUGAAGGCAUCGGCCAAUGGUAGACCAGGAGGCCAGUCCAAAACAAUUCUGUCUGUUCGUAUACGUAAUUAGUUGUCGAAAACGAACUGGACAUUUUGUGUGCGUCUUAGUAAUAAUUCAUUUAGUGCGUUCGUUUGUAUGUCCUUUUCCUGCUAAUUGGCUGAUAAGUAACCGCAGGCAUAGACAACUGGCCCUGUGAUUGGAACGUUUUUGAAGAAUGAUGAGACGCCUAGCGAAGAAAAUUUCCAUUCUGCUCGAGUCCAAGUUCUCGAUGUCGUCAAUAAAUUCACAUUUAUUGGAAGUCCACUUGUGUUCGCCAACUGACCUUUUGAAUGGUUUUACCUAUACACAACAUAUUUCGAGGUCAGUAGGACUUUUGAUUGUGUUGACCACCCUCUUCUUCUCUUGAAACUUUCUUCUUUUAGGGCAGAUGGUAAACUUCUGAAUUUAAUAUCAUAUUACUUGGGCGCCCGCACACAACGGGUUAAGAUUUCCAAUGUUAUCCCCAACCCCAGUGGCGCGAGGAGUGGAGUCAUUCAUAGAAGUGCAUUUGGCCCACCAUUAUUUUGCCUUUUUGCCAACGACGCACCAGAUUUAUUUCAGAAUGGUAAGCCUGUGGCGACAGGCUAGGCCGAGAGUGAGACUCUGGCUACCACGACUUUCAGGCCCGGACCCGAAAGGAAAGACAAGGUGAACGCCUAUGGGAAAGAUAGUAUAUUUUGUACAGAGGAACUAGAGAAGGAGGGAGAGAGAGUUGGCUGCCCGGACGAGGAGACGUCCAAAGUCGGGUGAGCGAUGUCCAAAAUGUCUGAGGGAAUGUGUCACAGCCUCUUAAGUUAGGACACGUCUGGCUCGGCCUUGAAUCUGAUUGGUCGGUUGAAAAGCCGAGUGGGCGAGUGAUAGACAUCCAUGGGCUCACGUGUUGACACUCGCAAGAAGCUCAGCGUUGAGACAGGCGCUCGGAGUGCGGCCACGACAAGUUCUCCAUGUAUGCCGGUUAUUUAAAAGUUGCAUACCGAUAUGAGCCAGCAAAUCGUGACACAAUUAAAUAAAUAAUUUUAUUGAGUACCCUUUACGGUACUUUUGUAACCAUAAAAAUGAAUUUUUGCUUAAAUGUUAAAACAAGUAGGCAGAUUGUGUAAAUAUUCGGCUUACAGUUAUAGAAUAAACAGCCACAUAUCAAAACGGUCAGCAAGCAGAGAUGAAAAUGAAUUGGUUUGAGGACUUUAGAGGAGAAAAAAAUGCCGCUCGUGAAAGGGUAAAUAUGCGGGUCGAACAGGACUGGCCUGCAUAUGAUUGUAUCUAAGGGAUUCGAAACAUACAUCUUCCAGGCAGCACUCCUGAACCAAAUGAGGUUAUACGUCUUGAUGUGGCAAAACGAGACGCGGUCGGUUACAGUUCGCUUAGAAACCAGCCGAAUUGGGGACAUUAAAGGCUAGGAUGGUAACGAAGGCGUAGAGGGAAGGAUGCAAACCCGAAACCUCCUCUCUGGCCGACCAAACUACUAGCAGAUGGUGAAAACAGCGGAUUCCGCCGUGUUCGUCAACAGACCACUUGGGGUCGAAAUGAGGAGACGACAUCAAGAAGCGCGAGAAUCAUCGGUUGUGGUCUAGGAUUCGAGGUCGUAGGGGCCAGAGUAGAUCCUUGAUGAGGGUCGACGACCAGGAGUGCGGGGUGGCCUAGAGCGUGCACGUCAACCUAGCCUCGCUACUCCUUUGAGAGAAUUCAUCAAGGGAUCGCGUUUUGUGAGGGACACGAUGCAUGAACUGAAAAAUUGCAAAAUCAAAACAAGUGAAAUUUACGAUGAGAGAUACCAGAACGCGAAACAACACGCAGAAAGGAAAAUGCGAGCGGAUACGGUAAUCCAGUGGCAGCGGUCCUUUCUUAGUGUCAUAGAGAAAGUUUUCCGAGAAGGGUGAGCAAAAUAUAUGUUUAAUCGAGUCGGUAUUCAGAUAAAAGUGCAGCCUUCUCUUAAAAUUAUGCAGAUCAUCUGAAGAUCUUAUAGUUAUUGGGAGGCAAUUCCAGGGGAAAGUAUACCUGGGAGCGAAAUGAAGAGAGCACUCAGAGGUGGAGGAAGCGGUAGGUGGUAUAAUCAAGGAAGGAUAGCGAAGAUUCUAUUGUUCAUCAAACCAAAGAAUGGACAACAAUACUCAAGGAUGGGAGAUACAAACAUUUGAUAGAGUCUUAAUCUAAUUUCAGGAAGAUAGAAAUUGUGAGCAAUAAAGCCACAGAUCUGGGCAGCUUUGGCCGUAAUCCUGCCGGCGUGCGGCGAGAGAUCAAGGUUAUUGGUGUAGAUUAAACCUAAAUCAUUGAUGGUGGCACAUUCAGUCAUAGGUGUGCCUUGAAAGACUACUGGGUUGGGGCAAGCAUACAGGUCCAAAACACAUGUAGGACAUUUUGAUAGAGGGAAUUCCAUUAACUAUUUUGAACUCCAAGCUGAAACAGCGAGCAAGUUGGCAUGGAUUUGCACCAGGCAACGUUGGGUGGUGGAUUUAUUGAAUAAAUAUGCGUAUCUAAGAUCAUUAGCAUAAAUAAGUGAUUGAGAAUGUUUAACUGCCGCCAAAAUCUCAUUUAUGUACAGCAGGACCAAAAAGGGACCUAAAACGGUUCCUUGUAGGACACCACUUAUAAUAGGGCUCUAAUUGGAAAAUGAAGGUCCCACUAAAACCUUUUGUUUACGAUUAGAUCGGUGACUUGAUAAAGUCAAAAAGGGGACUGCGAUUUCUCAGAGCUUCUAAUUUAACCAAGAGUCUUCUAUGUGGCACUUUAUCAAAGGCUUUACUAAGAUCAAAAUAAAUAACUAUGGCAGAUAAACGAUCAUUACCAGAAGAAAUAAGAAGAUUGAGAAACUACAUAUGACACGUUUCACAAGAGCCAUCGGGUAAAAAGCCAUGCUGGAAAGGUCUAAUGGCUUGAUUGGCUAUAAAAAGCAAGUAAUUUUCAUCGCAAUAAUUUUUUGAAAGAUUUUGUCAAGAGAAGGUGUUUUAUGGACACCUCGAUAAUUUUGACCAUUAGAAUGACAGCCAGAAUUAAAUACUGGAAUAAUAAUAGAAGUUUUCCAAUAGUAAGGAAAAGACCAAUUAUUCAGAAAACCUGAAACGAGUUUACUAAGCAGAGAAAGAAAAUCUCCUAGCUGUUUCGUAAGAUAGUUCGGGAUGCUGUCAGUUCGUACUGAGUGCGAGCUAACAAGCUGGCUUAUCAGUUUUGGAACACUUAAAGGAGCAGAAUCAAUGAUGGUGAGGGAAGCAUCAGACAACGGCGGAAUUGAAGGGAUUGGGCCAGUCUCAGUGGCAAAAUGUAUACUAGCUAGAGUAUACUACUGGCUGCCUGUCGACAGUUAAUGAAUAUUACGAGGUUACCCGCUGUGGAGGGAGGAUGCCAGUAGUUAAGAUAAUAUCUAAUACACCGUCGUUUCUGGCCGAAGGGUGGAGUAAUUGGAACAAGUUUGAAAAAUGAACGGUGUCCAGAAGCUUCUGGAAUUAAUGAGGGAAAGUAUUUAUGUGUGAGUCCAUUUCUGGCAAUUUAAAAACGCCUACGAUUAUCUUGAUAUUGAAUAAAGUCUCUGCGAUUAUUUCAAAGAGUUCAGUGUAUUGUCUUACAUUUCCCGAAUAACAAGGCGGAUCAUAUGCGCAUCCGAUUAAGGCUUCCACGUUUUGCGGAAGGAUUACCAAGGCGAAACAGAGAUUUCCAGAGAAGCAAAAAAUAUUCAGGUCAUAAGGCGUAUGCGGAUCUGAGGCUCCGAUGUGAAGAGGCUAACCACUGUCAUGUUUUUCAACGCGGUCCUUUCGAUAUAAGCUUAGACUGUCUAUAACGACCGCCGGGUCGGAAAUUAGAUAGUGAGCCCAAGAUUCUGUAAUGCACAAUACAUCUGCGUCAAACUCUAAGGCCACAUUCGUUAUUUGUGCCAUAUUUUGUACGACUGAUCUUGCGCUAAGAGAAGCUGUACUGAGCGUUUUCCUAAGAUGUAAGUUCCACCCAUCAUUACUGAUAAAAAGGAAGAGCUGGUGGUGAAAAGUAGGCUGUAGGGAAGAAGUAAAGGGUGGGAAACAAAAUUGCUGCGGUCUGAAAUUUGUGGUGAUAUUACCACUGACUGAAGACGUAAUAUUGUAUGGAAACAUAUUUAGUCGGAAUCCGCGAAGAGAAACGCUUCAACUCCUAGACAGCGACCUGCAGACCAUUGCCCAGUGGUUAUGCACGUGGCGCCUUUCUCCAUCUUCGCAUAUUGCUCAAUCAUGGUGGUUGCGAUGACCACCAUCCUCAAAUAUGUAUUGGCGGUUACGACAUAACCGUGUUUGACUUCGUUAAGGACCUGUGUGUAUCAUGCUCCAUGGGUCUUUAUCUUUCGAAGGGCUGCGUUCUGAUUGUCUCCAAAGCACGCAGAACGACCGGGUUUAUCCUUGGAAACUUUAAAACCAGCAAUACUAUAAUGUGCCGUUAUGAAAUGUACGUUUAAACUGGCCUGGAGCACUGUUCGUUUUUGUUUAGCCUCAUGAGUGCUCGUGAGCUAAAAAAAAGACACAAUCCGUCCAAUGUUUUCUUGCCAAGAGAGCUUUAACCUCUGAACGCCGAUACCUAACCUAUCAAGGACGUUGCGGGCUUAAAGACCUUGAUCCCUUGUUGUUUCGCCGAUUGCAAAAGGGACUAGUUUUACUAUUUAGGCUUUUAAACAAUCACACUUUCCACCCGCUUACUUCAUUGGGAGAUCUUGACCAACUACAAUGAAACGAUCAUCGUCGGGUCUUUGUAUUUCUUCCCUGGCACGUACCGUUGAAUAUCGUCGGUUCUUUUCUGUGAACCCCAUUGCAAUUUGUAACAGAUUACACAGGAAUGUAAAAUUUCUGCAGAAUUAUUCUUUGCGUAAGAGAACUAUCAAUCGUUUUUCAUAUUUAGAAAAACUUCCACAAAUUUUGGAUGCUGAAUCCACCGACUUAAUUUGCCGUAAUGAUGGGGUUCGUGGUCUCUGAUGCCCCUGCCCGGUCAUACCCGAUGAGAAAUAGUGCUGAAACUACGGCCCACAACACUAGGACAUUUUCUUCAGCCGACAGCGAGUAAUUGUCCUUCGAUGCUUCUGUUUCGUUUAGUUCCAAUAUCACGGAAAGGAAUGGAGAUUGAAAAUAUUCGAUGCAGUGUUACCCAUCCCUUUCCGGACUACCGGCAUUUCAUGGGUAACAGUGUUUUUUCACCUGAAUUACCUAAGCUAUACAAAAGCACCAUCCUCUGUAUUUACUCAUCGGGAGUUUUUCGCUGCUAGCGCGAUCCGUACUUUAUCUUUCUUCGACAGUGCAUCGAAUACUAUUACUACUACUACUACUACUACUACUACUACUACUACUACUACUACUACUACUACUACUACUACUACUACUACUACUACUACUACUACUACUACUACUACUACUACUACUACUACUACUACUACUACUACUACUAA